GCUCAGUUUGGGGGUUAUUGAUUUGAAUUUCUUCAUGUUUCCAGAAUUUUCAUAAAAAAUUCAAUUAUUCAAAUCAAAGACCCCCGUAAACAAACUCGUGAAAUUCAAAAAUUAAUUAAUUAAGGCUCUAAAAUGGUUAAAUUAAGUCCAGAAUUAAUUAAUUCGUGUAUGCAGUUUAUAAAUCCAUGCAGAGAUCGAGAAUUGGAUCUUCGAGGAUAUAAAAUACCGGAAAUACAAAAUCUAGGAGCUACAUUAGAUCAAUUCGACACGAUAGACUUUUCCGAUAAUGAUUUGAGAAAAUUAGCUGGAUUUCCGUAUUUGGGAAGAAUUAAGCAGCUCCUUUUGAACAAUAACAGAAUAACGAGAAUCGCUGAUGAUCUUCACGAAACCAUUCCGAAUCUUGAAAGCUUGAUACUUACUGGAAACAAUUUGCAGGAAUUAGGAGAUAUAGAUGGAUUAGCGAAAUUACCGAAGCUCAUAGUCUUGUCACUCCUCACUAAUCCAGUUGCCAGCAAAAAAUAUUACCGUGAAUAUCUCAUUUUUAAACUUCCGCAUCUCCGUUUACUUGAUUUCAAGAAAAUAAAGAUGAAGGAACGUGAGGAAAGUGUCGCAUUCUUUAAGAGCAAAAAAGGUAAAGAGAUACAGCGAGAAAUCCAGAAGAAAGCACGUCUAAGCAUGGCGAAUGACACAAAUGCAGCAAAACCCAAAAUUCAAGCAACGACAGCAGACAUUCAAAAGAUUCGUGAAGCUAUUUCGAAAGCUAGUUCAUUGCAUGAAGUUGAAAGAUUAACAAAAAUGCUGCAAAGUGGACAGAUUAGCAGUGAAUUCUUAAAUGAUGAUGAUGAGCCAAUGAACUAAAGCUUUAAAGGUAAAUUUUGAGUAUUGAAUGAUUUUUACUGAUUUAUUAUUUUCUCUUCCUGAAAAUGAUCACAAAACUAUAUAGGCUCAAUUAUGAGCUGAUAAGAAUUAAGAUACAGAACAUGAUAUAAGAGUCUUAGCUUUUACAUACUUUUUGUGAACUAAACGUCAUUAAAUCUUUGAAGCGAUACAAAUGGUUUAAAAUUAAUAAACAGGAAG